CACUUUGUUUUUGGACAAAGCUGAGCUUGUGCUUCAAACAGAAGGCAGCCAAUUACUAACUUCUGGUUGCUAGGUGUGGCCUCCUUUCAAACGCUAUAAAAUCGGAAGCCCAAGCCUCCACUGCUAGAAACCCUCAGAGCAGAAUCUCUGUUUAGUUCUCUGGAAGAGGAUAGAAACACAGACACUUCUUUAAAAAUGGCAAUGGUAUCAGAAUUCCUCAAGCAGGCCUGGUUUAUUGAAAAUGAAGAGCAGCAGUACAUUAAUACUGUGAAAUCAUCCAAAGGUGGUCCUGGGUCGGCAGUGAGCCCCUAUCCUUCCUUCAAUCCAUCUGCAGAUGUUGCUGCCAUCCACCAAGCCCUGACGGUUAAAGGUGUAGAUGAAGGGACCAUCAUUGACAUAUUAACUAAGAGAACCAAUGCUCAGCGUCAACAGAUCAAAGCGGCAUAUCUCCAGGAGAAGGGAAAGCCUCUGGAUGAAGCACUGAAGAAGGCCCUUACAGGCCACCUGGAGGAGGUUGCUUUAGCACUGCUAAAAACCCCAGCACAGUUUGAUGCUGAUGAACUCCGUGCUGCUAUGAAGGGCCUUGGAACUGAUGAAGAUACUCUGAUUGAAAUAUUGACAUCAAGAAAUAACAAAGAAAUCAGAGAAAUUAACAGAGUCUACAGAGAUGAAUUGAAAAGAGAUCUGGCCAAAGAUAUAACCUCAGACACAUCUGGAGAUUUCCGGAAUGCUUUGCUUUCUCUUGCUAAGGGUGACCGAAGUGAGGAUUUUGGUGUGAAUGAAGACUUGGCUGAUACAGAUGCCAGGGCCUUGUAUGAGGCAGGAGAAAAGAGAAAGGGGACAGAUGCCAACGUGUUCGUUACCAUUCUUGCCACCAGGAGCUAUCCCCAUCUUCGCAGAGUGUUUCAGAAAUAUACCAAGUACAGUAAGCAUGACAUGAACAAAGCUCUGGACCUGGAGAUGAAAGGUGACAUAGAGAAAUGCCUCACAGCCAUUGUGAAGUGUGCUACCAGCAAGCCAGCUUUCUUUGCGGAGAAGCUUCAUCAUGCCAUGAAGGGUGUUGGAACUCGUCAUAAGGAAUUGAUCAGGAUUAUGGUUUCCCGUUCUGAAAUUGACAUGAAUGACAUCAAGGCAUUCUAUCAGAAGAUGUAUGGCGUCUCUCUUUGCCAAGCCAUCAUGGAUGAAACCAAGGGAGAUUAUGAAAAAAUCUUGGUGUCUCUUUGUGGAGGAAACUAAACAUUCCUUUCGCGGUCUCAAGCCUUAUGAUCAGAAGAUAUUUUAAUUAUUUUAGUUAUAUCUUUUCUUUCUAUAACAUAGGCUUCCUAAGAAAGUUGCUCCAGGAGGAUGACAGUGUAGCUACCUGAUUUCUGAAACCUUCAGCCUAUAAAUAAUUUUUUAUAUCACAACUCUGUAUAACAGAGAUAAGCUAGUUUUUUGUUUUUGUUUUUAUAUGUUUACCUUGAACAAAAAAACCCCAUACUCAAGUCGUUCUAGCAACAUUACUUGGGGAAGAUGUCUAUGUAGAAGAAAAUAAAAUAAUUUUAUAAAACAA